AAGUCCGCCGUGGCCGAGCGAUCAGGUGCAAUCAGCAGAGUCAGCUGCAGAGCGAAGUUUCGCCAAGUCUUCCUUGUAUUUUCGUAACGUGGUGAAGAAAGCGAAAGAGAAGUACUAAGAAAAAUGCCGCGACGUGGACGAGCCGCCGCCCCUCCGCCGAGAACGGUCAGAAGGGCUUCUGCCCCCGCGCCUGCCCCAGCCCCGUCUCGAUUGCCAGCCCAGGCCCAGGCCCCACCGGCGUCACCCAUGGUCGCCCAGCCGCAGCAGCCGUCCCUCAUGGGCCAGAUGGCCGCCACCGCUGGCGGUGUUGCUAUAGGAUCCGCCGUGGGACACACCAUCGGUCAUGCCAUGACUGGACUCUUCAGCGGAGGCGGCGAGACCGCUGUUGCUGCUCCCGCAGAGGCGCCGCAGACAUUUGCCCAGAGUGCUCCUGCGGCACCGGCCACCGGCACCUGUUCCUGGGAGAUGAAGCAGUUCUUGGAAUGCGCUCAGAACCAGUCCGACCUGAGCCUCUGCGAAGGCUUCAACGAGGCGCUCCGUCAAUGCAAGAUGGCCAACAAUAUUAUGUAAAUUGAGAUGGGGCAGAUCUAGAAAUCUCUAGGCAAAACUAUGAAGUACGUGCUGUAUGAUCCUAUAGACCGUUUAACGAAAUUUUGGUUUAUUUUUACUGUUGUUACACACUGAUAUUGUGAGGUAAAAUAGUCCCAAAUAGAUCCACACAUGUUUUAGAAGAAUAAAUUUGUUUGUUUAAA